UUGUCAGUGUCAUUUUAAUCAAAAACAGUUGUCAAGGCUUGGUUUGUCAGAAAACUGUAUAAAUUAUAAAAACAUUUUAAUCUUCAGCACAAUCAGAAAAAAGUAUACAAUUAACAUAGUGUUACUUCUAUCAAACGCAAAGAAAUUUAAAACAACUCCCAAAAAUGAAGGAAACAAAAAUGUGUACCCAUUUAUCUGGUGGUAGACUAAACGUCGCAAUAUUACAGGAAACAAUGCGAAAAGAGCUGUUAAACCUGCUACAAUUAUGUGAAGGAAAAAAGGUAACUAUCUGGGAUGAAUGGCUGGCUGGCCCAGUAGGUCUCGUAGCUCAGUACUCACUUUUGAAAGAACACGAAGUAGCUGAUAUGUUUCCGCUUAGACCAGGCAGUUUACCCACAAUAUCUGUUAAUCAUAUUAUUUUUAUUGCUCGCCCUAAACUUGCGCUAAUGGAUCUUGUAGCUGAUUACAUACUAUCUUUAAGGGCAAAACAGAGCACACCAGUAGAGUUUCACCUGUUCUUUGUUCCUCGUAAGAGUGAACUCUGUGAAAAACACUUGAAGAACAGAGGGGUUAUAGCCAAUCUUUCCAUUCAGGAAUUCAAAUGUGACAUAUUUCCUGUGGACAGUGAUGUUAUGUCCUUAGAACUUCAGAAUGAUUUUAGAGAAAAUUAUUUGGAAGGUGAUCCCACAUGUUUAUACAACUCAGCUCAAGCUCUACGCACUAUACAGCAGUUAUAUGGUAUCAUACCUAGAGUUUAUGGAAAAGGGCCGGCUGCUAAACAAGUCUGGGAUCUUCUCUGUCGCUUGAACAAAGAGGAACAAGGUACAAGUCCCAGAGGAGCUAGUACAUCCUGUAUCGAUCAGCUACUGCUUUUGGACAGGGCUAUUGAUUUUACAAGCAUUCUGUGCACUCAACUCAACUAUGAAGGAUUAAUCGAUGAGCUAUACGGCAUAAAGAAUUCAACGGCAACAUUUCCCGUUCAAAAGUUCUUGAGUCCAGACGAAGCAAACCCUGAAGUGACGGCCGGUGAAAAGAAACGGAUCAUACUGAAUUCUGGAGAGGAACUGUUUGCCGAACUAAGAGACUGUAAUUUUACUGCUGUCGGAGCUGCCUUAUCAAAGAAAGCUCGCAUUAUCAAGACUCAACUGGACGAAAGGCACAAUGAGAAAUCAGUUCAAGAGAUCAAACAAUUUGUAUCGCGUUUACCGCAAAUGUUGGCGAACAAACAAUCGCUGGCCGUACAUACAGCAAUCGCGGAAUAUAUCAAAGAAACGACAGAUUCCUUUGAAUUUCACGACACUUUGCAAUGUGAAGAAGACUUUUUGAACUGCAUUGACAACGAAAAAGUAUGUCCCUUUAUAGAAGAUCUCAUCGCUCAACAAGCACCAUUGACUAAGAUACUUCGAUUAAUAUGUCUUCAAUGCGUGACCGGAUCAGGGUUGAAGCCAAAAGUUUUAGAAUAUUAUAAAAGAGAACUAGUUCAAGUGUAUGGUCUCAACACUUGGCUAACACUCUGCAAUCUGGAAAAAGUUGGUCUACUUAAACCUCAGACUGGAACCCGGCAGUAUGCCGUUUUAAGAAAGACUCUACGUUUAACAGUAGAUGACUCAGAUUUAGAUGCCAAAGAGAAAAGUUAUCUAUCAAGUAAAUACGUCCCAUUGACAGUGCGUCUAAGCGAACAUAUAGCCAAAAAUAAAGGUUGGACUGGUAUUGCAGAUGUGUUAGGGUCGUUGCCAGGUCCAAUGUUAGAUGAACUACAGAGCCUACAACCUAGGAUGAUACGCCGUAACUCGAUAUCAAGUGAAAAUUCAUCGUCUAUAGAAAACCCUAGAGUUGUUUUAGUCUUCUUUAUCGGAGGCUGCACAUACCACGAGAUCUCAGCGUUAAGGAGUAUCAGCCAACAGGAAGAGUCGAAUGUAGAAUUUGUAGUACUCACCACAAAGUUGAUUAAUGGUAAUACUUUUAUUGAAACACUGGUGGAGGCUGAAUAGUAGAAAGAAGAUUCUACUUUCUAUUAUAAAAAUAAUAUAAUUUAUUAUGUUAUGUAUUAAUUGUAACUAAAAUAAAUACAUUUAUUAGAGGUA